AUGACCGAUUUUUUUUACAUCUAAGUACCUGCUGAAGUUAAAGUCUUAUUAUUAACUGGAACUUCACUCAAUAAAAAUCAAUUAGAUUAAGUAUAUAAAUGUACUAACCUAUUAAAAUUGGAUUUAUCUAAUUGCAAUUUGACCUACAUACCAAAUCUCAAAAAAUUAACUAAUUUGAGAAUACUAUACUUACAUUAGAAUCACAUUACAACUCUUUAAGUAGAACCACUCAUUGAAUGCAAUCAUUUAAAUUAUCUUACACUUUUCUUAAAUCCAGUUUCAGCAUAAUGUUCUCUUAGAAGAUAAGUGAUAUCGUAUUUGAAAUCAUUAUGGGCAUUUGAUUUUAAUGCUAUCUCUGAUGAAGAAAGAUACAAAGAGUUAAGAUUAAAAUAAUCAAUAGAAAAGAGUCGACUUCCAUGGCCUAUCAUAAGCACUCCAAAAGAAUUCAAAGAUCAAUCAUAAAUUAUUUUAUUAGUUUGGUAAGAAUUAGAUGUUGUCAGAAAAAUUUGGUAAAAGUGUUCUGUAAUUAUGACCAUCCAAAGAUUUAUCAAAAGCUUUUUAACUAGAAGAAAAUUUAAGAAUAUUGUUUUAAAAUAAAUGAAAAUACAGUAUAUUAAUCUCAAUAUUUAGAGCUUUAGUAAAAUAAGCAGUUAAACAUUGGAUAACAUUUACUUAAAAUAAAAGAGAUCUUAAUCAACUAUUAGCUCAUUAAUAUAGUACACAAUUUGAAAAAGUUAAAGUCAUGGUUCAAAACUAUAGAUAAAGAAAAGGAAAAGCUAUAAAAGAAUAAAAAAGUGCCAGAAUUAUUUACAGAUCCUUGAAAUCUUUCUAUCAGAAUUAAAAACUUUAACUUGAAUCUAUUGGAAAUGUUUAAAGACUCUAUUUCUAUAAGGAAUAAUUAAAUCUAUUCAAAUCAAUCUUAAAUAGACUUAACAAUAAACCAGAAAUUAGACUCAUUAUUGAAUAAGUUCCACUUUUACAUGAAGAUUUCUAAAAACCUAAUAAAAUUUAUGAAUCAGAAGUUUUUACAUAUAGAUUACCUAACUAAUUUAAUUUAUUAAAUAAUCCUACUUAUUUUAAGAAUAUGCUCACUUAUCCAGCUUCCUUGUCUAAAAUAAGUUGCUGUCUAUAAUAACUUAAAUUAAGCAUCAUUAGAAAAUGGACAUCCGUUACUAAAUUUUCACAGGAUGUUCAUGCUUAUUCAUAUUUAUAAAAAUAUGAUGAAUUAAUGCCUGCUAGAAAACCAUACUUUAUUAUGUAUAAAUUAUCAAAAUAAGAUAAAAUUAAAUUUGAAAAUAGUCUAAAACUAAUCAACAAAUUUUAACAAAGAGAAUAUAGAUAAUUAUAUGUCAUUAAUCUAAGCAAAGAAUUACUCUCUAUGAUUAAUAAGUGCAUUAUUUUACAUAACAAGAAUCACCCAACCUAAGUUUUUAUAACUAUAUUCGAAAAAUAAUUGAAAGAAGCAGUAGCCGCGUUGAAAAUAUAAAGAUAAUUUAGAGCUUAUCAAGAUGUAAAAAAGAAUGGAAAAACACUACAAGCUAUAAUUAGUAUCUUAGUAAAAGAAAGAUCCCUUUUGAUUUUACAAAAAUGGUUUAAGGAUUUGAAAAUGAAUCAUAGAAAUAAUUUUUUUAAGAUUAUUGCAUAUCGUCUUAAGUAAAUCACACAAAAUGUAUUAUAUCUUAAUUACUCAAUUUAUGUACAAUUAAGUAAUUGUAAUUCAAGGUUGUAGUUUAUUGAAUAAAAGGCUAAAUUAAAUUUGAUUAAUAAAAAGUUUAGUGCAACCCUUGAAUGGCUUCCAAAUAAAUACAUAAUCCCUAUUUGGCUUAGAAAAUAAAUUUUUUAAUAGGAUGCAAAGGUAAAAGAAGAAUUGGCUUUAUUUAACAAUUGUGAUAUAUAUCAUUUAUUACAUUUUGAAACUCAAUGUGAGAUAAAGAAUUUGUUUAACGAAAAAUGGAUAAAAAUUUCAUUUCCUUAAGAUGAAUAAUUAAAAUUAAGACUAUUUUUUUUAGCUUUAUAUACAUAUUCUUUUAAAAACUAAUGCUUUGUAUAAUUGUAUUAAGAUAAUGAAUUGUUAGAGUAGACUUAAAAUGUAAAGUAAAGCGAUGCAUUGUUGAUCAAAACAUAUCAAUUAUAAUUAUACACAUGUAGUGUAGAGAAUUGUGAAAUUCCAUGUAAACCUUCUAUAUGGCUCUCUACUGAAUUAUCAGAUAAAACCACUAAUGAAGUUGAAGUGAGAUUUUAUAAAAAUGGAAUAGAUUAAAAAAUAAAAAAUAAAAAGAAUAUUUCAAAAUUGCCAGGUUGUGAAUAAAUAUCAAGAUAUCUUUAUUUCAGUUAAAUAAAAAGACAAUAAAAAGAAAUUUCUUUUUCUUAAAUAAAAUAAUGCUGUCCAACUGCUUCAACAAAUAUUAGAACAAUUACGCAAACUGAUAAACCUAAAACUGCUCUCUAAACUUAUGUUUUUUAAUAAGAUAGUUUUGAGGAAUCAAAUGCUAUAGAGAGACAGCAAUAAAGAUUAAGAUUAGUAACAAAUCCAACUCGUUAGCAUCUUCGAACUAAAUCAGUUAUGAAUAAAAAAUAAACAAUGUAAGUUGAACUACCAAACUUCUUAUAAUCAUAAAGUUUUAAUUUUAGUAAUAGUGUUGUAAGAUAACAUAAUUAACCAGACAUAUCUAAGUAAAUGUAAUAUUGGGAGGAUAGAGAAAAUUAAUAAAGAUAAUAAAUAAAAAAGUAAAAUCUUGAAACAAGAUAGGCUAAAAUGUAGAUUCAUAAUGAAAGAUCUUUUUAUCAAGAUUUCAACAUUGGCUAGAAUCUUAUUAGUAGAUAAGGGGAUAGACAUCUACAUCGAUUGUAUUAGAAAAAGUAACAAUAAGUAUUUUAAUAACAUGUGUAAUAAAUUAAAGAACAAUCAACUCACAUUAAAGAGAUAUAAGCAAUAAAUAGUAAAAUGAAACUUUAAGCAAUAAAAGAAGCCAAUUCUUUAUAUAAGGCUUCUCUAGAAUAGCCAGAAUAAUAAUAGAGAUGUAUUUAAAAGCACUAAACAAAACGAGUAGGAAUGGCAAAUAAAUACAUACAUUCUGUAUUACCUGAAGAGAUAUAUCCAAUUAAAAUUGAGUUUGAAAAUAUAUGA